GCUCUUGCCGGGCCGUGGCGAGGCGUCACAUGAGGGCGGCGCGGGGGCGAGCGGAGCGCCGGUGUCCGCCCGCCGCCGUCGGAGCCACUCUCCGGGCCCAGCCUCCACCGUGCCCCCGGCUCGCCUGCUCCCGCCGCCGCCGCCAUGCUGGCGCUGCUCUCCCGGCUGCUGGACUGGUUCCGCUCGCUCUUCUGGAAGGAGGAGAUGGAGCUCACCCUGGUGGGGCUGCAGUACUCGGGCAAGACCACCUUCGUCAACGUCAUCGCGUCAGGUCAGUUCAGUGAAGAUAUGAUUCCUACUGUGGGCUUCAACAUGAGGAAAGUCACAAAGGGUAAUGUUACAAUAAAGAUUUGGGAUAUAGGAGGGCAACCACGGUUCCGAAGCAUGUGGGAGCGGUACUGCAGAGGAGUCAAUGCUAUUGUCUACAUGGUAGAUGCUGCAGAUCGUGAGAAAAUAGAAGCCUCUCGAAAUGAGCUGCACAACCUUCUAGAUAAGCCCCAGUUACAAGGAAUCCCUGUUCUAGUACUUGGAAAUAAGAGAGACCUUCCUAAUGCUUUGGAUGAGAAACAGCUAAUUGAAAAGAUGAACCUCGCUGCUAUUCAGGACAGAGAAAUCUGCUGCUACUCAAUUUCUUGCAAAGAGAAAGAUAAUAUAGAUAUCACGCUUCAGUGGCUUAUUCAGCAUUCAAAGUCUAGAAGAAGCUGAAGUCUUCCUGGGAUCUCCAGUACCAGUUGGCCAUAAUCUCAGUUGUCCACUUCCCUCCAUAAUGAGAUAUUCUUCCCUCCCCCCCCGGCCCCAAACCCUGUAUCCAGAAUCUGCCUUUUCACAGUUCAUUUCUCAUGUGCACUGCUGAAGACUUGUAUUCCUUAUUCUGCCACCAACCAACUAGAGUUGUCAUGAUAAAGUCAGCACAGAUAUUUAUUUUACAGCCAUCUGUGGUGGGGAGGGGGUUGUAUGGGGGGGGUGUGCUUUUUAAAGGUAAAAAAAACCUCUCUCUACCACGUUAACUCUGCUGGUACCAUUCUGUUCUGAGUUUUCAGGGCCAGGGUUUUUUAUAUGAUUUCCAGCCAGUGUUUUAUUUCUAGUGUAUAGUGGCUUGAAGAUGCUGAUGCCUGACAGCACUGACAUGCUGGAAGAUGCUACAUAGUUAGGGGAACCUCGUGAGGAGUGAGCUCUGUGGGAUACUGAUCGAUCUCACAGAGGUAUGUGAUGUGUGUAAGCAGAGGCAUUGAGGCAGCUGGCAGAGUAGGGAGACACACAAAGGCUAGGUCAGCAUCGCUCAUCUCCGGCUGAGAUCAUCUCCUGUCACUUGAAACAACUCCUGUGAUGAAUUAGGGCAAGAGCCAACUGUUGAAAAUCAUUUUUGUUGCUUCUGGUGAACAUUUUUGUCUGGGGAGGGGUGGGGUGGAUGGGAACGGACUGUUCUGUCAGGCUAACAACGAUGUGGAGUAUUCCAGCAUGCAAACCAACUGCUAGGAAACAUCAGACUCUGGCCAGAUCCAUUUUUCUACCUGCAGAUGACUCGUGGGCUCUCUCAGAAACCAGACCACGCAUUCUGAGCAGCUGCAUGCACUUCAAUUACCCAUGGGUUGGUUUUGUUUGUAUCCAGUCAGUCCUUUUGACCUUUAGCACAAUGCCCCCUGUGUAACUGUCUAGUGUCUGUCCUGCUGCCGAAGUGGCUGGGCACAGUUUUCACCUGGUGCUAUGGCAUCCCCAGGCUAUUGUGACAGCUCUAGACCUGCCUGCUUGCUCGAUGUAACCACCUGCAGAAGGCUGUCGAGUGGUGAGAGGAAGUGUUCCGCUGGGUCAAAGCACAAGAGAGUAAAUGAAUCCAUCUCCUGCAGGGUAGGGCAGUGUGUGGAACCUCCAGGUUCUCCUGUUGGGUGUUGGUUUUUUUUAUGGUAGCUUUACUUUCUCAGCAUAUUUAAAGGGACAGAGUCGUUCAGACUGGUUUGCUCACCCAGUAGUGUCAGUGUAUGCAGAUACAUGGUACACCUGCUUGUCUUGCCUCACACCGUGUGUGAUUCUUGACCUAACUGUCAGAGUCUUUGCUUGGAAGCACUCUUUGGAGUCCAGAGGGGUUCUGACAAGCCAGUUUUCAUUGGAUACUGCCAUGGCCUUACUGUUCUGCACCAACUCGUGCACUGUUGCACAGACACUACGCUCUGCCUGCAUUUUAACUUUGUUUUGUCCCCUUUCAGUUCUGUGAAGCAUGGUUUCACUGAAUUCCUACUCUGGUGCUGUAGAGGAAGAGGGUAUAUUAACCUGCUGCUGUAGUCCCUAGUUCACCAGGAACUGCUACAGUCACUUUUAUUUAGCAAACUUGCUUGUGCCUAAAAUUAAGGAAAACUAAACUAGAAUGUGUGAAUCUUUGUCGGGGGUGGGGCGGGGGGGGGACCAGGUCACUGUUUUAGUUAACUGGCCUAUAGCUAAACUUGAUGUGUUUGGUGUUGCUCUACUUCACUGCUUCCAGCAUUUACAGCAUCCAAACACUACCAAUUGUUAACCUGUGCAUUACUCUCUGCAUGUGAACAACUUAUCCAAUGACUGAACCUUGUAAAUACGUGAACCUUUUUUUUAUUUAGGUGGAUGCAUCUGUUUGGUUUACUGCUCUCCAAGCUUUAUUCAAUAAACUUUGUUUUGAGGGUUGUAUUGACA